AUGGAUCGUAAUCGUGCUGCUGGAUUUGCUCAUGAGGAGAAAAUAAAUGAAUAUAUUAUGAAGGGUUAUGCAAGAAAACUCGACCCUAGUGAAGUCAACAACAACGAAUCGAAGGUGUGGUACUUGCCGCAUUUCGUCAUCGACAAGCCCCGCAAACCUGGAAAAUAUCGACUAGUUUUCGACGCCGCAGCGAAGAUUCAUGGAAAAUCGCUGAACGAUUAUUUACUGACUGGACCAGACUUGUUAAAUUCGCUGGCGUCAGUGAUCAUCAAAUUUCGUCAAAAUCAGAUUGGAUUCUCUGGCGACAUUCGUGAUAUGUUUCAUCAAGUACGAGUCAGAAAAGAAGAUUUGGCAUCUCAACGAUUUUUGUGGAGAGGAUGGGACCGAGAGAAGAAACCCGAUAUCUACCAAAUGGAAGUGUUAAUAUUUGGAGGGACCUCGUCACCCACCUCGACGAUAUUUGUGACCCACAAAAAUGCUGACGCCCACCGGGAGGAAUAUCCGGAAGCAGCAGCAGCCAUUAAAACGAAACAUUAUAUGGACGAUUAUUUGGAUUCGAAAAGUACCGUGAAGGAUGCGAUCCAAAUAAUUCAAGGUGUCACCGAAGUACACCGACGAGGAGGUUUUGAGAUCACUGGAUGGGUCUCAAACAGCGAAGAGCUCAUCAAACUCAUCCCAGAAGAACAUAGUGGUGAAAGGAUGAAGAAUUUUGAUAGUGAUGCUGGGAACAAAGUCGAACGAGUUUUGGGCCUCCAUUGGGAUACAACUGAAGAUUGUUGGUCAUUUCCCAUCAAUUUUAAGAAAAUGCAAAGUCAAGUGAUCAAUGGUGAAACGCACCCGACAAAACGACAGAUUCUUGGAGUCGUAAUGUCAAUUUUCGACCCGAUCGGACUCAUCGCUCAUUACACUGUAAAAGGAAAGAUGUUGUUACAAGCAGUGUGGAGAUCCGGUUACGGGUGGGAUGACGAAAUCACAGGAGAAUGCCUGGACAAUUGGAAAAUGUGGAUUCAUGAAUUCGAGUCAAUCAAGAAUUUGAAGAUUCCACGAUGUUACGCCACUUUCAACUGUGAAGAAAGUGAAGUUGAGCUGCACGUCUUUUGCGACGCUAGUGAACUAGCCUACGCCGCAGCAGCUUAUCUCCGUAUCGACAAUGGACGGAGAAUCGAGGCGAGUCUAGUGAUGGCCAAAUCAAGAGUAGCCCCCCUGAAAAGUAUAUCGAUCCCGCGAAUGGAGCUUAUGGCAGCCGUAAUGGGGACAAGACUCGGACUCACCGUGAAGAAAGAAUUAGAAUUUGAAAUUAAACGAACCGUCUAUUGGAGCGACAACAAAACCGUUCUGUGUUGGAUAAGAGCAGCCGACACUCGUCGCUAUAAGCAAUUCGUCGCACACCGCGUGGGAGAAAUUUUGGAAUCAACGGAGGGGUCAAAUUGGAAAUGGGUACCUACUCUGGAUAAUGUGGCAGACGACGCCACCAGAAAUACGCCAAGUGAUCUCACUUCCAACGCCAGAUGGUUCCGCGGACCUGAGUACCUAUGUCAAGAAGCCGAAACCUGGCUAUCGAAUCCAGCGACCUCAAUAAAAUAUCGACAAGCCGUCACCCCUACCGAACUUGCAGCCGCCGAGAAGAUAUGGUGGAGGAAAUGUCAAAAGGAUUUAUUUCCCACUGAAGUCCAACUCCUGCAAGAUAAUGUGGAUUUAUGGAAAUCAAAACAAGCCAACCACAGUCGACUACUCAGAUUAAGUCCAAUCAUGGAUGAAGAUGGAAUCAUCAGAUUGAGAGGAAGAAUUGACCAAGCCUUGUGUAUUGGAUGGGACACUAAACAACCCGUUAUUCUUGACGAUAAGCAUCCGUUUGUUAUGAGGAUGAUUGACUAUUAUCACCGCGCCCACCAACACCAAGGUCAAGAACCCGUUUUUAACGAUCUUAGACGGAGAUACUGGAUUUUGGGAAUGAGAUCUGCCGUCAAGAAAUCCUGGAUUCGGUGCAACUGCUGCAAAUUGAACCGAGCCAAACCGUCAUUUCCGGAAAUGGGAGCAUUACCACCUUGUCGAGUUGCAGCUUACGAAGCCCCAUUUACCUACACUGGACUCGACUACUUUGGUCCAGUAGAAGUUAUCGUUGGAAGGAGCGUCCAGAAACGAUGGGUCGCCCUCUUUGUAUGUAUGACGUCUCGUGCCAUUCAUGUGGAAAUCGCACGAAGAAUUGACACCGAUGAAGCCAUCAACGCGUUGAGAAAAUUUAUGUCCAUUCGAGGACAACCCCGCUGUAUUUUGUCUGACAACGGGACAAACUUCCGGGGAGCAGAUGGCGAACUCAAGAAAGCGAUUGGUGAAUGGAAACACCAACAAAUUGAAGAAUUUUUGUUACCAAAAGGAGUCGAGUGGAAAUUCAUCCCACCUGUUGAGACACGACAAGUCACCCACUACCCGUAG